CAUAUUCUCCAUCUCUCUCGCGUCCCACCUCCCUCCCUCUCCCUGCUAGGUUACGCCGCCAUCCUCAUCGCCUCUGCCCUUGCCUCCACCGCUAAGAUCGGCCAACCCCUCUCUCUCAACUCCCACCUCCCUCCCUCUUCCUGCCAGGCUACGCCGCCGUUCCCGUCGCGUCUGGCCGUUGUACCCACCGCUAAGAUCGACCAAAUUGGAGGCCAAGUACUCUCUCUCUCUCUCCCCGUUGGCCUCUCGCGAUGGCUGGAAAGGUUACUCUGCAGACAUCAUAAUCAUAAGAAGAAAGCCCAAAUGGAAUGCUCCGAGGAGCCUGCUUCAAUGUGUUUGAGGUCUAGUGAGCGCCGAUCUUCCUGGCCAACGUCUGCCACCACCCUCCGAGAUGGACACCUGCAAAACAAAAGGACCCGCCGGCGGUGGUCGGCGGAGACCUGCUCCUAAGCUCAAGUCGGUAUUUGAGAGGAGAGUAAAUGGGAGUGGCAUAGUAAGCCGGCUCUAGAGAGAGUUUUAGAAGUUCAAAUCGAGAAUGUACUGCCGAGAAAGCAUAAAUGAGCGUCCUAUUUAUAGGUGCCUCAUGCUUCUGGUGUGGAUGGCGUGUGAUAAAUAAAAUAAUAUAAAAAAAUCCUUUAUCUCACC